AUGUACGAAUCGCGCAACAAGAAGUGGUCCGGCGCGAAGCAGCAGGCUCGCGCAAAGGAGCAGGCUGUACGAGAUUUCAAGCGAGCGCAGGCACUGCACAACAAGUGCUUGUUCUGUAUGGAUGCACCCAACAAACCGAAGCACCUGCAUGUGGCAUACGGUAAUUUAGCGUAUCUUAUGCUUCCUCCGCAUGGCCGACUCGUCCCCGGGCACUGCCUCAUCGCGCCCAUCGCGCAUGCGCAGUCUUCGCGAGCCGUGGAUGAAGAUGUUUGGGAAGAGAUGAGAAACUUCAAAAAGUGCUUGGUGAGAAUGUUCGCGCAAGAGGGUAAGGCUUGUUGCUUCAUCGAGACGGCGAUGAAAUUCGGACACGGGGGAAUGCACGCCGUCGUCGAGUGUAUUCCGAUACCGCAGGAGAUGAGCGAGAAAGCCAAAAUGUACUUCCGCAAAGAGAUAGAUGAGUGUGAGUCUGAAUGGUCGACGCACGACGCGAAGAAAUGCUUGUCAACGGCACCACCAAAAGGUCUGAGAAGCACCAUCCCUGCGAACUUCCCAUAUACACAUGUCGAGUUUGGAAUGCAAGGGGGGUUCGUUCAUGUUAUCGACGACGAAAGCAAGUGGAAUCGUAAUUUCGGUCGGAACAUACUCAUCGGGCUUCUAAAUUUACCAGAACAUCUUACAGAUGCAAAGCAGCGACCGCUUGCCCCGGCGCUUUUGCGCGACGAGAUGGAAGCAUUUCUUAAAAUGUACGAGCCGUGCGAUUGGACAACGCAAUUAGAUUAG